AUGGACUUCUCCGUCCGCGCAGCCAACCUGGAGGACUCCAAGGACAUCGCGCGGAUGAUCAUGGAACUGGCAGAAUAUGAGAAACUGGCCGACCAUGUGAAAAUCACUCAGAAAGAUUUGGAGCGAGACGGCUUUUCCAAGAACCCGUUCUUUCAUGUGGUCAUCACUGAGGUGCCAGAACAGCACAGAACCAAAGAAGGUCACACAAAGAUCGGCUAUGCAUUUUACUAUUAUUCCUACAGUUCAUGGAAAGGCAGAUCCAUUUAUAUGCAGGACUUGUAUGUGAUGCCUGAGUUCAGAGGGAAGGGCGUUGGUAAAACACUAAUGAGCAAGGUGGCACAGCUGGCUCUGGCUGCCGGCUGCCACCAGCUUAACUUCACCGUUGCGGAUCAGAACAAACCAUCUAUGGACUUUUACCUCAGCCAGGGCUGCUUCGAUGUCACCGCUAGCCUGGGCUACCAUUACAUGUGCUGCGAGGGGAAGGCGCUAGAGCACCUGGCUCAGCCUUAACCCAAGCCCCAUGAGGUCAGCCCACACACUGCAAAGGUCUGUGCAAACAGGCUCACAGUGCAGCACUCAUUAAAGAUGGAUGCAAUACAGA